AUGGCGUCACGCGAUGAUAAUGAUACAGGUUUUUCUGAAAGUGAUAUCCAUUUUGCUCGUGAGACAUUUUUUCGUGAUUGUCCGAAUGGAUAUUGUUCGAAACAACAGUUUUUAGCAUCUAUACGAAAAUCAGUUGUGCAUACAUCAAUACAAAAAUCUACUUUAUCAAAAAUACUUCUUCAAACAUUGGUAAUAAGACAAAAUUAUCGACAAAUUAGAAAAUUUUUUUCUAUGAUGUUCGAUAUAUAUGAUAGAAAUCAUGAUGGACAAUUAGAUUUCAAUGAAUACAUUUAUGCAUUAUCAGCAUUAACUGGAGCUAAUCGUUUACGUACGAUUGAAACAUUAUAUAAUUUUUUUGAUACAAAUAAUCAAGGUUAUAUAACAAGACAAGAAUUUAAUUCACGGAAAAAAUUAGCUGCACAAUUUCUUGGUCAAUAUAAAACUGGUAUUAAUGAUCAUAUAUCAUACGAACAAGCAUUUAACACAAUGGACACAAAUAAAGAUGGGCAAAUAUCUAAAGAAGAAUUUAUUCAAUGGCAUUUAUACGAUCAUUUAACUUCAAACGGAGUAAAAAUGAUGAAAAAACGCACGCGUCUUUUAAAAAAUCUAUCAACUCUAGUCGAUAUCCGUGGUCAAAUCAAAACAUCAUCUUUACAGCAUAAUGAUAAUAAUCACAACCAUAAUAUGAGUCAUAAAAAUUCAAUAGAUGCUUGGUUAGAAACAACAAUAAAUCAAAAUAAUGCAUUUGAUUUAUCUUCAGUACCCUCGUCACCAACAUCGAUGAAAGUUGACAGAAGUUUAUUAAAAGUACUUCGUCGAGCACGAAAUCGUUUCAUUCAACAUAGACAUACAUCAAGUGAUGCAAUAACAGAUAUACAACACGUUACAACCGAUAAUCAAUCUGAUUCAGGUGUAUUUACUUCAUCGUCAAGAACAAAUGUUAAUGAUGAUUUUGAAUCAAAUAGUUUACUUGAUAUUGAUGAAGAUUAUUUGCAGUCGACUAAUAUAAAUGAUCCAGAAAAUGAGCUUUUAUGUCAAUCAUUAGAAGCUGCUCUAAUGAAAACACUACUUGAAUUAAAAAAACAUCGAAAACUACAAGUAAAUAGUUCUAAUGUUAGUAUACCUGUCAAUGAUGACGAUCAAGUAUUAAUAACUCGUUUAUAA